AUGAAGAUAUCACCUGGAACCGCCCGAUUUAAGAACCAGAUAUAUUACGCAACUGCGACAAAGAGCAAAACUGAUCGCCAAGAGGCUAUUCAGCGCAGACGCCAAGCUGCCGUGGCUUUAUUAGGUGGACAUGAGAUGCCACUUGAUCUCAUCUUCCCGGCCCUAUCAGGGUUAAAGAACGACUGGUUGCUGGUGAUCAUCCCACGGAUCUCAAAAGAUAUGACGAUGCUCGCAAUAACGCCAGUACAAUGGGAUCAGAUAUCUUCUAUUGUGUCAGCGACCUUGGCCAACUUUCAAAUGGCUCUAUAA